CAUACCAUGGUCGCCACAAUGACCCGUGAGGAAUUAUUCGAAUGUACCAACAUCGAUGAUGAUCAAUUUCUCAACGCUUUGGAACAUCAAAAUGAUUUCGAUGCGAGCAUGAAUAAAACUGUCCUGCUACGGAGUAUUGAUAACCUCAUGAAGUAUUUCGAUGAAGAUGUUGAGGUUCCGGAUAGUUCGGGUAAGAGUACACCAGUAAAAUUGAAGACCAAAGGCAAAGUGGCCUCUGCUGUGGCCUCAUUUCGCAGUAAGGCCCAAAAGUCACCCUCUCCCAUGAUGAAAAGGAAAAAUAAACAAAAAUCCGAAGCCAAGCUGGCGAAUCUCAGCAAUGUUGGAGAGCUGAAGAAGCGUUAUGAGCAGGAGGAUAAGGAGAACAUAUCCAAUUCUCCCCUGAAGUCAGCCACCCUGAGCCCUAAAAUGUUGAGGAAAUCCAAGGUCAAGCAAAUGGCUUUGCUCUUCAACAAUAAAAUGCAUUCGAUUAUGCGGAAAUCGAAAGAAGAGCCUCUAACUCCCACGGAACCCAUUUCUCCUGGGCUCUCUUCAAUUGCCUCACCGAAUUUCACCUCUACCCUGGUGAAACCCAAAUCCCCGAAACUGAAGCCCAAGAUGCCCACCUUCAUUGCCAAAUUACCCAGUCCUCGGGCCAGUCCACUCUUCAAGAGAAGGCAGUUAAACAAAACCUCAAGUAUUUCCUCUUUAUCCCUAACCUCCAGCCCCUCAAAGGCCAAGCCAUUGCAGAAGCAACCCAGCACCACUUGCCUGGUGGCAGAAAAUGUUUUCCAGCAGCUAUCCGUCAAGGAUAAGGCUCUACUCUACAAUAAAUUCAUCGAGGAUAUGUCCAAGAAAAAUCCGAAAUUCUCCAAACAUGGUCAGAUCUUGGAGAACAAUGUGAAAAAGGAAAUCUCACGCGGAGAAGUGGUCUGUGAAAAGCAGGGUAGCGUAAAACAUUUACGUGAAUCCCUCGAGGCGAAAAUGACACCGACCAAGACCUCAGGCUUGUCCAAGACUCUGCAAAGAUUUAAAAAAUCUCCCGGAGGAAACUCAUCGGUUCUUCUCGGCUCUCCCGUGACUCCCAGCAAAUCCAAGGAAUUUGAGGAUUUACCCAGGCCCCUGACACCACCCCAGACCCCCGAGAAUAUGAGCCAAACCAUACACGAGGAUGACAGUGAAGAUCCGCUGCAUGUCAGCACCCUAACUGUGGUCCUCAAACCCAGUCCUGAGGUAAAAAAGUACGCCACCAAACCAAGGACUCAACGAAAGAAAAGGGAUGUCCGAUUCCUCAGCGAUUUGGGAAACGUGGAGCCGCAAUCCUUCAAGAGGACUCAGGAAAUGAUUCGUUCUUCCGUCAAUGUGGAACCUUUUGCCCCUCCCAAAAAGAUUCGCCGCACCCAGCAUGAACGCCUUGCGCCGAAAAUGUUUUUUCAGAACCAACAUUUGGAAAAACUUUUCUAUAACUGGUUGAAGGAAAAGAAUGGGGUGGUCUUCGACAUUACACCGGUCCAUAAUAAAAAGGAUGUGAUUGAAAUUGUCCCUAAAAAUUCGCGGGAUAAUGUGAUACCCAAGGAUAAGGUGGAUCAGCUACUCGAAGAGGCCAUCAAUAAAUUGGAGGCAGAGAAGGAGGCCAAGAAGCAGCAGCUCAGUGCCAUAAAUAUUAUCAAGGAAACCCUAGAGGAGAAAAAUUCCUUUGACAACUCUGUCAUUGAGGUGGAACUACCUCUCGAAGUAGAUCAACAGGAAAAUGUCGAAGGAGAAGAAGUUAAGGAAGAAAAACCCACGAUUCCCGAGAAUCUCAACAAUUCCCAGGCUUCCCUGGACAGUGAUUUGGGUGUGACUAGUAUAAAUAAGACAACUAGCGAAGAUUCGAACACUGAAAAAGAUUCUCUCGAUAUCCCAUUGGAUACGAAGGCUCCCAAAAUGCUACGCAAAAAGAAAUUGAGACGUUCUUUGACCUGGAAAAAAGACUACUCCCUGGUUGAGGCCAAUCCAGCCGUGUCCACAGAUUCUGAUUCCGAUUGCCGCUCGCUCAGCAAUAAAUCCCUCACGGGGACCCUUUCGAAAUCCAAAAAAUGCACCGCCUAUGUUAAGAAAUUGCUCUUCAAGACCAUCAAUUCCUCGGUGAGUUCGGAACAACCCAGUUCUGUGGGUCAGACGGAGCUUAGCAUCAUGGAAUUGGAUCGUUCGCUGAUGCGGCAAAUCAAUUCACCCUCCAAAAUCAAAGAUGCCUAUACCCUGACAGUGAUGUCUUCACCCUCACCCCCAGCGGAAAGUGAUUGUGAUGAUGAGGAUGCGGCGGAAUUGUUGAGAACACCCAGCAAAGAUUUUUCACGGUCUCUACCCUCACUUCUAGAGGUCGGCCUGGAGGAUAAGCAGAAGCAGCUAAGGCAAAAAUCUGUGUCCACGGAAUUCACAGACCUCGAGAAGAACAAAUUGGAAUUGGAACAGGAUCGUCUGAUGAUGGAUAGCUUUAUUGAUCAGGGUUUCGAAACGGGAUCCAAUGAAAUGGAAUCUCCCAUAAGACUAACCAAGAAAUCCAGCUCCCACACGGAAUUGGAAAAACCUCAGGUUGUCUUACGGGUCAGUGAGGAAAAUCCCCAAAACUUUUCCACACCCAAUAAAGAUAAACCCAUACAACAGGUGUUCACCUCCGCUCAGCAGGGUUUACAUACCCAAAAGCAUCUUAUAAGUCCCAUUCCAUCGAGUCCGGGAUCACAGCAUGCGAAGCAGCAGACCAUGCAAUCUAUACUCGAGGAUUCUGAGGAGUUGGAGUACACGAAUAGCUCGGCAACCUCUUUCAACAUGAGCGGCAGCUAUUUCAACGGUGAAACACCGCAUCAUUUGACGGUGACACAAAAAAUGGAAGCAUCACAGUUUUGGAUCUCUUUCGGCGACUUUACCAUGGCGAUGAAUAUCCACUUCUAUGAAUCGGAACGCCUAAUGCUUCUCAGCAACAUCUUUGGUCAAAAAUGUGUCGAAAAUCGGGAUAUGACUUUCGGCAUCGAUGAUCAGAAAUUCUCCGCCGAAUGUCCACUAAGUCAAACGGAGAUUUUGCGUAAAAUUCCCCACAUGGAAAAUUGUUCGCAGUAUUGGUUCUCCACGGGAGAUGUUCUGCUACCCUUUGCCGGAAAGCAUUUGAGUUCGGCAAAGAUCCAGGCCUUCUUUAAUUAUAUCCGGGAAUUCAUGGAGGACUCCCAGGGUCAGCUGAGAUUCGGUAUUGAUUCGUAUGAAUUCUCAAAUGUCAGCAUCUCACCCACCACCUCAGAUGCCACCUAUACCUGGCCCUCAGCCUCACCACCUCUCAAGACCAGUGACUUGGAUCAAUCAGAUUUUGAAUCUGUGGAAUUGGAACAAAGUCUUAGCUUCUCGGCUUUGGGUAGUAAUCAUUCGGACUCAGGAUCCAUUAAAUCUGAAGAAUCACCCGAUACAUUGGAGCAAAUAUUCGAAGAUGCCCGGAAUUUGAACUUGAGUAAAACUCAAACGGAUAAAUUGGCCAUGGCAUCACAGCUCACUGUCCCCGAAAUGCUGAAGACCCUGCACACUCAGCAGGAGAAACUCAAAAGCCUCGAAGAACGCAUGGUAAAUUGUGCCGCACCACUGAACUCCAGUACCACCAGUAGCUGUAAGAACCUGGAACAAUUCCGUGAGUGUCCCGAAUACAUGAGGAAAUUAAGGAGCAUCAUUUCGGCGAUCGAUAAUAUUGGCCGCGGGAACAAUGGCUUCAAUGCCUGCUCAAUUGAACAGCUUGAGAGCUUCAUGUUCUUCUUGAGUCGCUAUGCCGAUCUUUGCCUGGCCAAUUGCACCGCCCACAUUGAAAAGAUUCUCGAUGUGGUGAUGAAUCAAAAAUCAUUUCAGGCAUAG